AUGGCUGUCUCUGAGAACAGCGAACAGGAAGAAGGCGAGAUCGCAGAGAGCCCGGCAGGACCAGGAGAUGGGUUUAGCUCCGAGGACGCAGCAAAUGCAGCAGGAAAAGUCGACUUAUUUGGUCAAGGGGCAAGUCUUCCAGCGGGGCACCCUGUCCCACAGACUGUCGCCCUCCGAGUUCCAAAACAUGGGAAGGGGCGUUUCUUCUGGGCCUUGCGAAAGGGAUCCGCAGCUGAAGAUCUUUCGUACCCCCCCAUCAGUGAUCCAUCCCUCCUCUACUCGCAUCCUAACAUUGCCUGGGCCCGAGCUUGUCAUACGGAAGAAGAGUCUAAAUCCGAGUAUUCAACAGCGUCAGAAGGUUCAGGCUGGCAAGACGACGUCUCCCCUUCGAGAAAGGAUUGGACAGAGGGCUUGUCGCCAUCAAAAAGGAUCAAGAGGGAGGAUUCUUCGCCAGCGAGAAGAGACCAGUCUCUCUUGCGAACUUUUAGCCAUUCACAGUCUGUUGAGAUCUCUGAAGAGAGCCGCAAACAACAAACAGGGCUUUCGGCAGAGGCAGCGUUGGACAAUGGGGAGAAAGAAGAGGGAGAGUUGGAGGAAGGGGAGAUUGCGGACGACGAUCUUGAUGGCGCUGUUGACGCGGUGGCUGAGCAGGAGAUUGAACCUGAAAGCGAAGCGGUUCCAGGGGUUUCUGCCAGAAGCGUCAAAGAGGACAAUGUGAGCGAAUCCCAUGAACGAGGGCCCAUGAAGAGCAGGGUGGGGUCCCCUAGGCGAGGGUCCAGGUCACCCAGGGGGCGCGAUCGAUCGCGCAGUCCAAGGAGGCGGCGCUUGUCAAAAAGCCCUCAAGAUGGUCGCGAGCGGCGCUACCGCGCCAGGAGUCAGAGCCAGGAACGAGAGAGGAGGCGGCGUGAGAGGUCUCGCUCUCGAGAGCGAAGGAACCGCUCUUCAAAGAGAGGCGGGGAGAGCAGGCAGCAUGGCCGAAGCUCUAGAGACCGGUCCGCACCGAGGGGCGAGGACAGGCGGGAGCGAAGGGCCGACUCGGUCGGUUCAGUAGGGGCGAUUGUGAAAGAGUUCUGGGACCGGGUUGACAAGGUCAGGCAGAAGGAGGGGGAUCGGCGUAGCCCCAGGUCUGGAAGGGGAUCGCCAAAGGAGCGGGAUGCAGCUGCGGAGCAGGCCCGGCUGCUGCGGGAGGCAGACGCACUGGCGGGGAAGGUCUCCUUGCAGCAGGCGAUGAAGUCGUUAGCUUCUGUAUGCCAGACUUUGGAGGAUGCCGUCUGGCACCUGUGCAAGGCCGUCAGCAAAAAGGGGGGGGCGCCACGAGAAGUGGUUUCAAAAGCUGCUGACGACAUUUUCUUUGGCAUCCGGACUGCAUACAUCAUUGGCACUACCGGAGCAGGGCGCAACCAGGGGAAAGACAACGCUGUGCUGAGCUUGAUCAAGCUGGCCCACAAGGACAUGGGUCGGCUCUUCACACCGAAGCAAUUCAAAGAGGUCGAGAGCUGGUUGGAGCAUCUCACCAGCAAAGUCAGCAAGUCCCCCCCCAGUGGCGCAGCUGGGAAAUCCACGGACCUGCCCGCUGCUGCGACUCGACAGGGGCCCCCUGCUGUAACAUCAUCCCAAGCACCCACCUCCGCCCCUUCCAUAACCUGCAAUCCAGCCCCUGCUUCGUCGUCUGCAAACGUGCCAAUCGUUUCUAAGGCCAGCGUCGAGGCGAUGCCCUCAAUCAAAGAGUUGGCCAUUAUCGCAGAGCCUCUCUCCGAAAAUUUGGACGCUCUUCGAAGGGAUGCUCAGGCGUACGCUGAAGGCAAGUCGCGAGGGGCUUCCCAACCCCUCGGAACAGAACAAGUCCCCAAACCCGCAGCCAACACCAGUCUGCCGGUCGAUCCGUCUGCGCCCCCCCCAGGAUUCUCUCAGCCGUUCACCCCCCCUUCCGUUCCCCCCGGAUUUGACAUCCACAGCUCCACCGCUUCUCAAAAGGCACCUCAGCCCAAAGUGCAAUUGCGAAGCUCCCAGCCCGGUCCCCCGCUAGAGCUCAUGGAAGAGGCCUUUUCUGACGACGAAAGCCAACCAAAAGCAGGGUCCUCUGCUGCCCCCUCAAAGGGUCUCGACCUUCCGCCCGGGUUUAGAUUGUUCGGGCAGCCUAUCAGAGGUUUGCAGGCAGCUCCGCUGGGCCCCCCGGGGGGUCCUGAAGCGGAGUCCUGGCAGCCUGUGCUGUUGCCUCCGAAGCUGCAAGAAAGGCCCCUGAUUGAUGCAGUCGGGGGGCAGCUUCCAAAUCCGAAACCGUCCCCACUCGAAGACGACGACGAUCUGCCAGAGGAGAUUCUAGAGCCUCCGGGUUUUGCGCCGCCAGCUCCGCCAGCUUCUGCGAGUGGGGCCUCGCAAAAUUCGGUCGUAAAGGCCCGGGCUUUGCAGGCUCCGGCGGCAAGAAAAGUGGGCUUGCCUUGGGAAAGGCCGUCAGGUGCAGCGAGCGGCAAUCGGCGGCGGCUGAAAGGGCAAGACGAAAGUGGAACGCAGGAAAAACCUCCGGGCUUUGAAGGAGCAGCGAGAGGGAAGGAGGGGCUCCAGAUGAAAAGCGCCUCGUCGUACGGUCCGACUGACUCCUCGGUCCUUCCUGCGACGGCUGCAGUUUCGGUCGAAGUAAAGCCCGGUCGAUUGGAAAAGGGAACUGUUUCUAGAGCCCCCAGCCCCGCUGGUUCGCGCAGCCAAAGCCCAGCGCCCACCCGCGCUGCCAGCCCCGCGUUAAGCGGGUCGCGGGUCGUGACUUCUCGAAAGCCAACGCCGCAGGGGGGUAAGGGUACGGAGCCUUCGAACCUGGGACGGCCGCCCAAAGCGCCCCCCCGCGAGAACGCGCAGCCCUUGAAAGAGGCUGGAAACGGGGAGAGGGGCUCGAGGGCCGUGGAGAGUGUGCAAGAGUCUGGGCAGUCGAGGAAUAGUGCGCAAACGUUGUCAACCGCGGAUAGCGUGGAAUCGGCUAUACUGAGUGGGGCGGAGAGCGAGGGGGCAAGAUCGAGGGACGGGCUCGAAAGGCAGGGAAGCGGGCAGCUGGUAACGAGCAACCCUACGCCAGCAAGGCCCCCAGGAAAAGCCGGGCCUGAGAGCCAGACGAGGUCUGAAACGAAAGGCCCUGUGUCGAACGGGGUAAGCAAGUUAAAGGGCAUUUUGAAAAAAGCGCGUGUGCCGAGCGACGGGCUUCCUGGCGGGAACCAGUCGGCGAUCAGCGGGGAUCCGCAUGUGGAUGCCCUUUUGAGCGGGCUUGGCGAGAAGGAGAGGGCAGCGGUGGAACUAGAGCGGGAGCGAAGGUUGGGCGAGCAGAAGCGGAUGCUGGCGGCCAAGAAGCUGUGCCUCGUGCUCGACUUGGACCACACGCUGCUCAACUCUGCCACGUUCUCCGACAUCGCGACUGCGGGCCCCGGGUGGGCCGAGAAGCUGGAGGCGAAGCUGGCGGGGGAGGACGCGGCGUGUCGGGCCGACCCCGUUCGGCCGCGCGAGCUGCACCGCUUCGCAGACAUGCAGCUGUGGACCAAGCUCCGGCCAGGCGUCGCGACCUUCCUCAAGAAGGCUAGCCAGCUGUACGAGCUUCACGUUUAUACCAUGGGAAAUAGCGUCUACGCUACGCGCAUGGCCCAGAUCCUGGACCCGACCGGGGACUACUUCGCCGGGCGGAUAAUCAGCAAAGGCGACACCUUGGAGGACCCCCCAUCUGCCCCGGGGGACUCCCCCGCCCCGCUGCGCAGCAAAGAUCUGGAUGGCGUGCUGGGCAUGGAGUCCUGCGUCCUCAUCAUCGACGACAACGUCAAAGUGUGGCCGCAUCACUUCCAAAACCUCAUCGUCGUCGAAAGGUACAUGUACUUCCCCGGCAGCCCGCAGCAGUUCGGCCAGAAGGGCCCGGCGCUGUUCGAGCUGGGCCACGACGAGCGUGCGCACGACGGCAUGCUGGCGUCAGCUUCCCGGGUGAUGGAGCAAGUGCACGGGGACUUCUUCCGGGCGCUCCGGGCACAUGGCGAUGCAGCCCGGGUGGAUGCCCGGGACAUCCUGCAGAAGAUCCAGAAGAGUAUUUUGCAGGGAGUGCGGAUCGUGUUCAGCAGGGUGUUCCCGCAAGGGACGGCGCACCCGCAGCAGAACGGCAAAUGGCGCAUGGCGGAGCAGUUUGGUGCCACGUGUACGUUGAAGCUGGACGAGUCCGUCACCCACGUGGUGGCCGUGGCCUUGGGCACCGACAAGGUUCACUGGGCUCUCAAGAACAACCGCCACGUGGUGAAUCCUCACUGGCUCGAAGCUUCCGCCAUCCUCUACAAACGGGCCAAGGAGUCCGACUUCCCAGUCAUGCCCAGUAUGCAACAAGGGUAAGACGAGGCCAAUGAACGCCUACAGAUUCCUUGAGUUCUUGAGGAGUAAACGGCACGAGAAUGUCCAUGAGGCACGUGUUCGAGCCACGCAACAUGGCUUUGUAACCAUGCAAUGAGUCUGUGCCGGAAACCCCGUCGCAUCAUGAGUCCGGAUAAUGAUGAUGAUGAUUAACGUGACGAACGAGCAACCGUU